AUGAAGGACAAAAUUCAAGAUCCAAGUUUUCGUGAAAAUUUGAUAGUAUAUUUAGAAGACAUCAUCAAAGAAGAUCUAGAUGAAUUCAAAGAUAAAUAUAUCUUCGAGAAUUUAGAUGGUAUAAGAGAUUUCUUUAAUUUCAAUAUCGCAUUCUUCUUCUAUAUUGCAGCGCCAAGAUCAUUCAAUACUCCAACACGAUUAUCAAGUGAUAAUAUUUAUGCAGCUUUACGUACUAUUGAUUUAGCAGGUUUAGAAGAAAAUACAAAUGAAGAUGGUAUUCGGUUGACGCCGAUGAAAGACCAAUCUUCUCCAUCAAUUCCCUAUGCUUCUCCGCCAAAUCUGCGUGGCUCUCCAUCAAUUCCUUAUGCUUCUCCACAACGCACCGAAUUAUUACAAACACCAAUACAUGAUCAAUCAAUAUCUAGUAUGGAUGUUUCAGAUAUCCAGUCAAGGCUACCUCCAGCAUGUUUGCCUACUCCAAAUCCAUCUUUACCUAACUUUUGGUCACGAUUUUGUGCUGAUGUGACACAACUUGUUGAAUCAGGUAAUGUUCACAAACAUAGUGAUACGUGUUAUAAAUAUUGUAAAGAUAUGGCGAAGAAAAUUUGUCGAUUGAUUAUGCCACGCAAAUUGAUAUCAGUAUCGACAAUUGAUCCGGAGACUGGUCAUAUUUCUAUGCGACGAUCACAUCCAUGGAUUAAUAAUUUUAAUGAAUACAUUAUAUCAUCAUGUCGUUCCAACAUGGAUAUUAAAUUUAUUUGGACUGGUAGUGAUACUAAGGCUCUUGUGUAUUAUAUCACUGAUUAUAUUACAAAAACGAGUCUAUCUUUUCAUGAUACAUUCUCUCUUAUUCAAAAAAGUAUUACAUCAUUCAAAAAUGUAGCAGAUCAAACAGAGACGGAAAGUGCUAUAGAAAGAUCACGCAAACUGGUUUUGCGUUGUUACAAUACACUUGCUUCUCAACAAGAGCUAUCUGGAGUUCAAGUUGCCUCUUAUCUCAUGAACUGGGGCGACCAUUACACUACACACAAAUUUCAAGGUCUUUAUUUAAUUCAAACUGAGAUAUUUCUACAAACGGAAUUAAACGAAUUACGCAUCAAACAAAAUUUAGAACAUGCCUCGCAUGACCCACAAAGGAUUCAAAAAGGCCGACCACCAAAUCAACGUUUUCCUUUUCAAGAACAGCAUCCACAAGCAACAACCUAUCUGUUGACUAAAUACAGUGAGGCUCAUAUACCGAUUCUCUAUGGUCCUCAAAUUCCUCGACAUGAUCGUGAAGAUACUAAAGAGCGAUAUAGUCGAGCUCUUCUCACACUUUUUGUACCUUGGCGUUCGGUGUCUGACCUUUGUGAUGUUAAUGAAAAUUGGGAAGAUGCACUCAAGUCACGCCAACAUCAUAUAUCUCUGGAUUCAUGGAAUAUUAUAGAAAAUAUUCAACUCUUACAUGAAUGUACCAACAAUGGUCAACUGAUAAUGUGCAUACCUGGAUGCGGCGGCACAGGUAAAUCACAACUGAUUCGUGCUGUCACCAAAUACUUUCUUAUUACAAAAAGAAUGCAGAUGAUGCGAAAACUCGCACCCACUGGAAUCGCUGCUGCUGAAAUUGGCGGCAUGACAAUUCAUUCGUUUUUAGGUGAACAACGUAAUUCAAGAAAACCGCGCACCAUCAAACCAGGUGAUACAAAACUUGAAAACCAAUGGAGACUGGUUGAGUACUUUCUAAUUGAUGAGAUGAGUAUGGUUGGUUUAACUCUACUUGGAAAACUCGAUAGAAUUCUUUCCGCUGCCAAACAUGCCGACCCUGAAAUUCCAUUUGGUGGCAUAAACGUCAUAUUUUUUGGUGAUUAUUUACAGUAUCGACCAGUAUAUGAUGUACCGUUAUACACGGACUUUUCUCAACCCUCUAAAAACAAAUCAGGUCAAUUACGUAGUGAAAAAGAAAUUCAACAACACGCUGCACGUUCCCUGAUACUUCAAAUUAACUGUGUGAUCAAACUUA